AUGUCAGGAUUCCUACGUAAAGCUUCUUUAUCCAGGAAGAAAGGUCUCAACGGAGAUGAUUCCACUUCGACUUCUCCUCGCGGUCCAUCUUCUAGGGCUGACAGACCACCCAAGUCGAGGAGUGUCAGUGAAGCCAGCGAGAUGAAGGCGAAUGAGGAUGGUGAUAAGAUCAAGAAGAAGCACAGUACGAGAAAGAGACUCUCAUCAUUGUUCUCCUCAUCGACCUCAUUGUCAUCAAUGGUCUCCGACAGGGGUGAUCGAGAUUCCUCUCCAAGUACAUCCAUUAGACCAUCAUCCAAUUUGAACGUCUCAACUUCAACAUCAGGAACAUCCACGCCUACCAGUUCAGUAUCCAAGCAAUUCAAUGGUAAAGAUCUACAGAAUGGUAUAAGCAAUCUUAGACUGGGUACAACCACCAAUGAGCUACCCAUUUCACCUUCCGAUUCGAUCAGAUCAUCACCUACAGAAAGCAAUUCCACUUCUGCUGGACCACCUAUCCAACCUGUUCAUGCAUCCACCUCGACCUCGACGUCCACUCCACCUCAGACACAGAACAAACCAAUCAGGAAACGUACGCCGAGCAUGUACUCACAAUGGGACUUAGAACAAGUUGGCCUAGACUCAGAUUCGGAAGAUGAAGAUGAUGAUGAGGCGUUUUUGACUCCUUCGGAAGGGUUGAGUGAAGUUGAAGAAGGUGACGAGGAUGAGGAGGAUCCCAAUUCUGAAGCCAAGAAGAGACACGAGAAAGAUAUUCUUCUUGCAACUUCUUCCAAGAAUGAUAGUACUCUUCCACCUCCUACUUACGACUCGGCAACCCAAGGUCAAGGUCAAUCAAUAGCAGAUUCAUCACAAGUUGCUAAAGGAACUGUAGUAUCUCAGGAGAAAGAUGUUUGUGGUACCGGACCCUCAACAAUCAAGAGGUCCAAACCUUCCAUUCAAGAAACAAAAGUACAAAGUCGUCAAAGAGGAUUGCAUGCUACGAAAGCAGGUGCAUUGGCAGUUGAUCAAGAUGGAGUUUUAGUCAAGGAUUUAGAUAUAUGUAGACAGACUUUAAGUCUUUUCUUAUCUUCUCAUAUGAAAGAGGCUGAAGUGUUUUUGGAAGAGAGGGAACAGGAAGGUCAACAUCUGUAUAUUCAAUCUGCCCAGGGUAUAAUUGAGGCGUUGAAGGGGAUGAUGACAUUCGACGCAAACGAUCUUGCCUCCGCUUUAGAGAUAUGUAAAGCCACCUCCGUUACUGCCUCUGCCCUUCGACGACCUACCGACUCGUUAGUAUCGAGAUUCGUCAAGGCUGGAGCGGGCGUGGCCAGAGUCAAGUCGAUGUCGGCACUAGAAAGACACGCAGAGUUAGUAUAUGCCGAGACGAGUUUGAUGAAAGCUUUGUUGGCUAUUGUCAGUGGAGGUGAUUGGUUGGGAUUGAUCAGAGAAGGACUGAAUAUGCGAGCUGCACAUGGUAUAUAUCACGUGUUACAGCAAUACCUCGAAGAUGCAGACAAGAAUGGUUAUGAUGAUAAUAUCGAUACGGAUUUCCGAUCUGGUGUCGUCCUCGGUGCAGGAACAAGCUCCCUGAUGCUUUCACUAUUACCAAGUAAAGUGAUGAAGAUCGCCUCGUUAUUGGGCUACGGAGGAGACAAAGAGACCGCCUUAACUACCUUGUACUCCGCUGGAGGAUGGCACAGAGGAGUCGAAAAGCCAGAUUAUGACGAGAGUAACGAAGGUCUCAGAAGACCUGUCUGCGAUUUGAUACUUUUAACUUUCCAUUUGGUCAUUUCCACUUUGAUGCCCGUGACGGGGAUCGAUGUUCCGAUGGCUAAAAAUAUCCUGGCCUAUAAUUUGAGGAGGUAUCCAGAUGGUGUCUUCUUCCUGUACUUCCAAGCUAGAUCAUUUACUGCUCAAUGUCAGCCAGAAGCAGCCAACCGCUCCUUACAGAAGGCUUUAGACUCGAAUCUGGAGUAUAUCCAAUUACAGCAUAUGUGUCUUUGGGACUACGCAUGUAACUUCAUGAUGUUAUCGAAUUGGAAAGGAGCAUUGGACUGCUUCAGUAUAUUGAAGGAGGAAUCCAAUUGGAGUAGAGCGGUAUACACUUAUGCCGCUGCUGCAUCCCUAGUACAACUUGCUCAAGAAGAAGAUGGAGAUUCGACAGCGAAAUUGAAGGAAGCUGAGAAAUUUAUGACGCAAAUACCCAAAUUGACAAAGAAGAUUGCUGGUAAAUCGCUGCCUAUCGAGAAACUCGUUUCUCGUAAAGCACGUAAGUUCCAUUCGCAGAACAACAAAUUGUUCCUCCCUGCCAUGGAACUCGCAUAUGUCUUUGGAUCUUUGUCGAAUACACCAAGAAGGAGUUUGUUGGAUUCUUGGUUACCUCGUAUUAACCAGGCCCUGAAGGCUUUGGAUGGGGUGGAGCCGGAGAAUUAUGGGAAUGGACAUGAAUACUGGGAUGAUUACUGCCUUGGCCAUUUCCUUAGAGGAUUGUGUCAAUUCAUCUCGCGAUAUCAGCCACCAGACGCAGCACCUGAAGCCACCACCAAAUCACCCUCCGACCCGUCGGAUGACGAGUUGGGCAAAGGUGCUGAAAAAGAUUUCCAAGCUGUGAUAAGGCAUGGACCGGAUGUUCAGCUCGACCAUUAUAUACUGUUCCACUGCUAUUACGAACUUGGUAGAUUGUACGCUAGGAGAGGUGAUGACGAACAGGCGAAAUACCAUUUAGAAGUGGUUAUGGCUGGUAAAUUACCAGAUCAUAAUCCAUAUAUGGCCAAGGCGAAUGGGAAGUAUUCCUUGGAAGGUGCGCUGUUGUUGAAGACUCAUGCUGCCUUGAGUGGCGUCAAGGAUAAAGAGAAAGCAGGGAAAUAA